AUGGGGUCACUUUAUUCAAGUUUAUUUUCUGGUUGGUGUUUUACUAAUAACAAUCCUUGGAUUGAUAAAGGCAGAAUAAUUGUAGCUUGGAAUCCGAGUAUGUAUUCUUUUGAUAUUAGAGUAUGUACUAGUCAGCUAAUACAUUGUUUGGCUCAAGCUCCAAAUUGGGCAGAAAGAUUUUUCAUCACAUUUGUGUAUGGAUUUAAUGAGGAGAUGACUUGGGAAAGGUUGUGGCAAGACAUUCAGGGACUGGCCUUGCAUAUUGAUGAUCCCUGGAUGGUGGUGGGGGACUUCAAUGAGAUUCUUUAUCAGCGUGAGAGAAUAUGUAAAAAGCAGGCAGGGGAACAAGUAUAUUCAAAGAUAGAUCGUGCUCUGGUUAAUUCGAAGUGGACUGAUACUUUUCAGAAUUCUGAAGCUGUUUUUCUUCUGGAAGGCAUCUUUGAUCACAACCCUAUUCUUGUAUCUUUUUAUUUUGAGGUGAAUUUGGGGAAGAAGCCAUUCAGAUAUUUUCGGAUGUGGAAGGAAGCUUCCUCUUAUGAGGUCAAGGUUUCAACUAGUUGGAAUGCACCAGUUAUGGGUACUGAGAUGUUUAAACUGAUUACAGAAUUGAAGAGGUUGAAACAAGUUUUUUUGGACAUCAAUAGAGAAGGGUUUCAUGAUAUUCAGCAGGCAGAAUUUCAAGCAAAGCUCCACCUGAUGGAGACCCAGGAAGGAUUGCAUAAAGACCCUCUCAAUGCUACUCUUAUCAAGCAGGAACAGUUGGAUAGGGAUAAGUUUGUUCAUCUCCAUAAAGCUUAUAUUCAGUUUUGGCACAAAAAGCUAAAGCAACUUGGAUACACCAGAUGGAGUCAAAGAUGCUUUCUUAGGAUAUUAUCAAAGAUUGUAGGGGACAACUAUGCAACACAGGAGGAAAGGAUGAAUGCUCCUGGUCCAGAUGGAUUUAGUAGAUUCUUUUAUCAAGAUAACUGGAAUUUGGUUGGUUUGGAGGUUAGUGCUACUAUCCUAUCUUUCUUAUCCACUAGUAAGAUUCUCAAAGAGAUUAAUUCCAUGUCCAUUACUCUCAUUCCCAAGACAACAUGCCCUGAUAAAUGUGAUUUUAGACCCAUUGCUUGUUGUAAUGUCAUAUAUAAAGCAGCGUCUAAGAUGAUUUGUUCAAGGCUUCGCCAGGUUCUCCUAGACUUGAUUGCGGAGAACCAGGAAGGAUUUGUUCAUGGGAGGUAUAUUGCACAUAAUAUCAUGAUUUUCCAAGAUUUAGUUCAUCAUUAUGGAAGGAUAAGCGGCAAUCCAAGUUGUACGAUCAAGUUGGAUUUAAGGAAAGCCUAUGACAUGAUUGAGUGGGAUUUCAUUGAAGAGAUGCUUGUUGCUUUUAACUUUCCACAGAAGAUUAUCAAGCUCAUUAUGAUUUGUGUUAGAACACCGAGGUUCUCAUUGAUGAUCAAUGGAUCAAUGCAUGGGUUCUUUGCAUCUAAACGAGGAUUGCGUCAAGGGGAUCCAAUGUCUCCAUUGCCUUUUGUACUGGGUAUGGAAUACAUGUCUCGAAUUAUGCUUAAAGUGGGAUCCUUACCUGGUUAUAAAUUUCAUGACAGAUGUUCAUUACUAAAAUUAAAUCGCUUAUGUUUUGUAGAUGAUCUCUUAUUAUUCUGUCAUGGAGAUUGUAUCUCUAUUCUAUGGAUGCUUAGGGGUCUCAAACUGUUCUCUGGGACUUCUGGUCUUUUCCCAAAUGAGUCCAUUUCUGCUAUUUACUGUAGUGGUAUGGUUGAUUAUGAGGUUUUUUGGGUCCUGGAAGUCUCAGGAUUCACUAGAAGUAGUCUACCUUUCUGUUACCUUGGUAUUCCAAUUUGUUCAAAAAAAAUCUCUUCUACUGAAUGUGGGAUCAUACUAGAGAAAAUGGUGCACAAGAUUAAACAAUGGAGUUCACAGAAGAUAUCAUAUAUGGGAAGAGUUACAUUGAUUAACUCUGUACUCCUUUCCAUUCACUCUUACUGGGCUCAAAUAAUGACAUUACCGAAGAAGCUACUUAGAGAUAUUGAAGCCACAUGUAGAGCAUUUCUUUGGAAAGGAAUGGUUGAGUACUUGGGGCCAAGCUUAGUUGCUUGGAAUAAUAUAUGUCUUCCCAAGGCAGUUGGAGGAUUGGGCUUCAGGAAGAUUCUUGACUGGAACAUUGCAGCUCUGGGGAAAUAUGUAUGGGCCAUUGCAUCUAAAAAGGAUAACUUGUGGGUUAGAUGGAUUCGCAGUGUUUAUUUGACCAAAGUGGACUGGUGGGAAUACAAAACUCAAUCAGACUGCAACUGGUAUUGGAAGAAACUAGUUGCUGUUAAAGAUCUCUUUAAAGCCAAAUUGGAUAUGACAUCUUUUAUAGCAAUGAAGUAUAAUAUUAAAUCAGGUCACGAUAUUCUCUUUGCUCCCCCACUCAAAGUGCAUUGGAGGAAUGUGGUUUGGGAGAGGCUUAGCAUUCCUAGACACAGAUUCAUUUUAUGCAAUUCAUGUCUGUUGAAAGUGAAGAAUUGGCUAGGAUGGAGAGCACAAGCAGAGCAAUAUAAACGACUGAUUCAGUGGAUUACCAAAGCGAAGCACCUGUGCAAAGUCAGAAAGAGUAUUCUUAUAGAUGUCAGGACAGGGGGGAUUUUAGGGAACUUAGAUUCAAAGGUUGGAAAUGUAAAUGACAUGGAUUUGAGCAAUACAAUGAUUCUUAUUCACCAUAAAAAAAACAUGGUCCAUCCAUUCUUGUACGGAGCACCGCCACCGCCCUCGUUCCAGCCCAUGGGAUCGUCUUACUUGUUUGGAGCAGUACCAUCACAACCUCCACCAAAUUAUCCUUACAUGUUUGGAGCAUCGUCGACGCAACCUCCGCCAUAUCCUUACUACCAGUUUGGAGCAGGAUCGUCCACCGUACCUCCACAGUAUCCAUUGGAUCAUCAACCGUACCUCCAUAGUAUCCAUGGCCGCAGCUGCCGCAGCCACCCCAGCCGCCACAUCCACCACAGGGUAAUGGUAUGGACGAUGCUACUGAUUUAG